AUGAACGGCCCUGGAUAUCUCGCGGUGGCGAUCCAGCCGGGCUGGAACACGGACGAGAACAUUUUCCACGACUGGUACAAUACCGAACACGGGCCCCUGCGACUUCGGCUGCCGUUCAUCGAGACUGGAGACCGCUACAAAGCAGUCGACGGCGAGAGGCCGCAAUGGUCGGCCGUCUACGAUGUCUCUGAUCUUUCAUGGCUGGAUAAAAGGAUUUACACCCGGCUGCGGGAGGAGCGAUCGCUGCGAGAAAAAGCCAUCAUGAGCACUUUCGAGUCACUGGAUCGCAAAAUCUACAGUCUGGUUUCUGUUCGUGGGGAGUUCAACGGACCGCCUCAGGUGACUCGCGCGGUGUCGAUGAGGAUUAAUGAGUCUGAUCUGGCCGAGUUUAACAAGUGGUACGAAGAAGAACAUACCGAUAUGAUGGCGAAAGUCCCGGGCUGGAUCCGUACCAGGCGGUUCAAGAUGGUUGUGGGAGGGAUCAAUGGGAUGCCGCCUGCUGGUCAGGUGGAGUGUUUGGCUGUGCAUGAUUUCCAGGCGAAGAAUGGACUCAAUGGAUCCGAGCAUCGCGCAGCCAUGGACACGCCCUGGAGAACGAAGAUGAUGAGCAAAGUCCAGUGGAAGGAGUCGAGGACGUGGGGUUACCACUUGACUUUCGACAAGCUUGAGGAGCCUCCGUCUUCUGUUAUUUGCACUGAUGGCGCCGAGUUGCGGUUUCAAUUGGAAGGCAAUCCGGCGGAUCCUAUUGUUGUCUGUGUGAACUCGAUCAUGACCAACUUGCACAUCUGGGACGAAGUGGCCACAGACCUCAUCAAGGGCAUCAACGGCAAGACAUUCAGAGUAUUGAGAUACAACUCCCGAGGCUACUCGCAGCAGACGGAGAAGAGCAACCACACGAACUUUGACCUUCUCGCGGAUGAUCUGGAGUAUCUCCUUCAGCGACUGAAUCUGGACAAGGUUUAUACUGUAAUGGGCGUCAGCAUGGGCGGUGUUACGGCGAUCAACUUCGCCAUCAGGCAUCCGGACUUGUUGGAGAAGUUCGUUGCCUGCGAUUGUAACGUGGCCUCCAGCCCUGCCAACAGUCAAGCAUGGGCAGAGCGCGUGGAGCUCGCCAAAUCCAAAGGAAUGGCCGAACUGGCAAAGGCAACCGUCAACCGAUGGUUUACACCAGAGAACCAUGACUCACCCAACGCCAAGAAGGUACUACCGAUGGCACAACAGGCCAACUUCGACGGCUUCGAGCAGAACACGUCCGCCUUGGGCGACUACGACCUCAAGCCGCACGUAGCAAACAUCAAGACACCUGGACUUUUGAUCGCAGGCGAAGGUGACGGCAAGCUCCCCGAGGCGUUGCAGAAGUUUGGAAUUCCAAACACGACGUUCCAAUCGAUACCCAAGGCUGGUCAUCUGCCGUUCUUGGAGAACCAUGCUGCGUUCAUGGAGGCAUUGGCGGGAUUCUUGUAG